UUUCAUAGAUGGGAUAUCGUGGGAUCUCGUAGGACCCUGUGGGACACACGUGACUUGUCCCACAGCAACUUUCCGCCAAGACUCGUGGGACCACGUGACGUGCGGGGUGGCGAAGUCUAUUGGUUCAUACGUAGUGUCCUGUUUGCUGACCGUGAGUGUUCUUGUAAUUACCUUCCUUCAUAACCUGUGCAUCCCCAUUCUUAGCACCGCUCAUCGUCACGCCACUGGGGAUCGGAUAAACGCUGUUGGACAAAUCGCCAUGGUAUCUUGUCAAUAUUGUUCGAAAAAGGGUUUGGAGUGUCGCAUGUCUUCUUUGAAGAAGGAGUGUGGGAAUUGCUAUCGCAAUGGCGUAACGUCGUGUGUUCCUGUGGAGGUUCCGCCUCCCAACUUCGAAAAACUGGACCGGGAACUGUUGCGUCUCGAGCAACAGGAGUCAGAAGCGGACGCAGCCGAGGCAGCAGCGUUGGAGGCCCUGGUUGCGGCGCGAGCGAAGAAGGACCGUCUUCGUAAACAGAAGAAAAGACUUAAGCGUCGUGAGCAGCAACUGAUGGAUGACUCAGGAAAAUUCGUUGAAGAAAUUGAAGCUCUUGAGGCGUUGGAAGGACUCAACAAGGAUGUGGGCAACCUUGAGGAUGGGUUGAUGCCUGGUACCCUGGCUCUGGACUGGAGUUCGUACAUGCCCUCUGUUUUGGAGGGUGAUCCGUUAUUUGACGAGGCCGUACUGGCUUCUUGAGGUGUGCCUCUGGUUCCCAACUGUUGUCCUCGUUAUUCUUUCGACUUCGAAUUCGUUUUCUUCUUCUGUUUCGUAGUGGAAUGUAUUUUGUAGUGGCGUUCCGGGGUUCGCAGGUUCCAGCAGCGCUAUGUGGAACACUGGGUGUAUUUUUGCAUCUUCUGGGAGUUGGAGUCGGUAGUUAACUGGGCUGACAACAGCAUCAAUUAAAAAUGGUCCGACUUUGACGUGGUCCAACUUUUUGCUUGGUCGUUUUGUCCGAAGAUUUUUUGUUCGCAAAUAUACUCUAUCCCCCCUUUUUAGCUGAGGUGCCAUUUUUCUUUUCUUGUUAACAUAUGAGAUUGAUUGUUGUUGUGCUUUUCGCAUGUUUUCUUCCAGUUUUUUGUAUGUCUCCUUGUAUUGUUCUGCGUUUUCUAACGCUUUCUGUGUUUUUAUUGUUGGAAAUGUUUUUUCAAAGAGAUUUGGAUGUCUUCCGUGGUUUGCGAAGUAUGGUGUUUCGCCUGUUGUUUCUGAUAACUUGUUGUUGUAUACCAACUGUGCCAUAGGCAAUAAGGAAAUCCAGUUGUCCUGGUUCUGGUUGCUGUAUAGCCGUAGGAUAAUAUGUCCUAACUGCUCGGCUGAGUAGUUCUUAUGGAAUGGAAUCAUAAGUGCGUACUUAGUGAAUCUAUCCACGAUCACAAGUAUCGAAUUGUACCACACUCUUGUGACAGGGUCCUGUGAUGCAGGGAAUCCUGUUACGAAGUCCAUAGCAAUAUCUUCCCAUGGUGUCGUAGGCACCGGAAUUGGUUGCAUUUUUCCGUACUUUGCGUGUGUAUCAUGUUUAUUCUUCUUACAUUCGUUGCAAGCCUGAAUGUACUGUGUGACUUUCUCUUUCAUGUUCGUGAAGUCGUAGUUUCUUCGUAUAUGUUCCAUGGUUCGUUUAAUUCCUGGAUGUCCGUAUAGUGGGUCGUCGUGAUGUUGGCGUAUGAUGCGUUCUUGCCAUUCUUCUGGUACAUCGUUGGUAAUUUGCAUGGUAACAUUGACUUCCUGGAAAUGACUUGGUCCUAUGGUUCCGUCCUGGUUUGUCUUAAGUAUCGCUUGUCGUACUUCCGUUUUCUCGCCUGCGAUGUCCGUUCGUCGGCUGAGAGCGUCAGCUCUUCCGUUAUCUUUUCCUGGAGUGUGUAUGAUCUUGAACUGGUAUUGUCCUAAUUUCUCGGCCCAUCGGACUUGUCGUCGAUUAAGGUCCUUUGUGGUCGUGAAGGUGACAAGGUUCUUGUGGUCCGUGAAAAUUGAUAGUUCAGAACAACUUUCGCAGUAAAUUCUCCAAUGCUGAAUUGAAUCGACAAUAGCCAUUAAUUCUUUAUCAUAGACAUCGUAGCGUUCUUCCGUUGACGUGAACUUUCUUGAGUAGUAAGCAAUAGGGUGCCAUUUUCCAUCUUUUUCUUGUGUGAUGCAUGCUCCUAAUGCGAGAUCCGAAGCGUCGGUCUCCAUUCUCAUUGGUUUUCCUGAUUGGAACAUGAUUAGUACUGGAGCAGAAGCGCAUGCUUCCCGAAGUUUCCGGAAUGCGUCGUCUUCUUCUUCGUUCCAGCGGAAGGUUUCCUCCUUCCUCGUAAGUCGUGUGAGUGGAAUCGAGAUCCUAGAGAAGUCCUGGAUAAAUCUUCUGUUGAAGUUGCAGAAUCCCAUGAACGAUUGUACUUCUUUGAUGUUCUUUGGUGUGGGCCAUUCUUUGACAACUUUGACUUUCUCUGGGUCUUGCUCGAUUUCUCCUUCCCGGAUAACAAAUCCUAGGAACUUGACUUGUUUCGCGUGAAACUCGCAUUUCUCUGGUCGUACUCGUAGGUUUGCUUCUUGUAACUUUUGGAGCACCCAAUGCACAUGUUUCUGGUGUUCGUGUUCGUUCUCUGAGAACACUAGAAUGUCAUCUAGGUACGCUAUGACGGUAAUGUCUAGUUGAUCUCUAAGGACGUUGUUCACAAGUGCCUGAAACGUUGCUGGUGCAUUGGUGAGUCCAAAAGGCAUAACCGUAUAUUCGUAAUGUCCAUAACGAGUGCGGAAUGCGGUUUUCCAUUCUUCGCCUUUCUUCAUUCGUACCAGAUGGUACCCGUCUCUAAGGUCCAGAGCUGUGAAGAUUUUGGCCUUCGCAAGUCGAUGUUGUAAUUCUUCAAUAUUAGGUAAUGGAUACCUAUUCUUUACCGUGUUGUCGUUGGUCUUGCGGAAGUCUACACACAUUCGUAGUUUCCCAUUCUUUUUAUUUACAAAGAGGGUCUCGUGUGCUACUGGCGACUCCGAUUCUCGGAUAUGUCGUUUAGCCAGUCGUUCUUUGAUGUAAUCUCGUAUAGCUGCUAGCUCCGAUUCGGAUUUCGGGCGCAAUGGGUCAAUCGGCAGUUUCGAUUCAUCCUUGAGGAUUAUUUCGCAAUCCCAGGGCUGAUGCUUAGGUAAUUCAAGCUCAGGUUCUAAGUCCUCGAAUAGUGCUUUGUACUUCCGAUACUGUACAGGGACUUCAGGAGUUGUGCUGGUCUCCUUAACUCUCUUCUCGUGACCUGGUACCCAACCAGUGUCUAAGGAGUCGACCGCUCUCUCUGGGCGUAUCUUAGGCGAUGGCGUUGUUGCGUUAACGCUCCUCUCAUCUACCACUCGCGGCGCGCGGUGCGUAGGCUUUGAACUGCGUGCACAUUUGCAGUUCGCAAACGAAAGUGUCCCUUUGGACCAAUCCGUCACUGGAUUAUGCUUUCGUAACCAGGGGAGUCCUAGUACGACGUCGAAGGUGGCCAUCUUCAAAACGUCUAGGAUGAUCUCUUCCCGGUGUCCACCAAUUUCCAUAAACGUUGGGUUAGUUUCCUUAUCGACCCAAGUUUCAUUGGGUAAGCGCUCCCCGGUGACUGCUCGAAUACCGUACUGCUCAUGUUUUCCUCGAGUAGAAAGUCCCGCUUUCUUAACCACGUGGCUUGACACGAGAUUGACUGAAGAACCGGUAUCGAGUAGUGCUCUGAAAUGGUGUCCGUUAAGCUCAACCGAUAGCCUAACUAGUUUCUCUGAGUUCGUUGAACAUACGGUUCUGUAUGUAUUCCUGGUGCUAGGCGUGUCCCUAAAAAAGAAUGAACUGGUUUGAAUCCGUU